AUUACUUUACUGGCCAUUAAACGUUUAUUAUUAUCCAAUGGCACUACUCUGGUGAUAUUUGAUAUCCUAUUAAGCGAGCUAACACAGCUAGCUGACGUCCAUUCAUUCUAUAGGUGGCUAACGUUAGCUUGUUGGCUAGCUGUAUCCGUCGAUGUUAGCUUGAGAUAAGAGCAAAGGCAUUUCUCAAGUAACGUUAUAUGUUCUAAUAUGCUUAAAAAAAUAACAAAAUAAUAAAAUAUAUGAAUUAUGUUUUAAACCCCAUGGUUUGUCGAUCAUUUAAAGUAAACUUAGCUUACGGUGGACGAGUUAAAUGGUAAAAGGAACCAAGCUAACGCAAAGCUAGCUGAAGUAUUUGCACAUUUUUAUGUGUAGCUGCUAAAUUAGCCUUAAUAAAGCUGUGGUUAAAGUGUAAACUAGCUAACUGUUUUGUCAGUUAUAGAAGAUGUAUUUAACGGUAAUAAAGUUGGUUAUAAACUGUCAGUUUGUGGUGACAAAAAGCAGGCAGUAUAAGUGGCACCUGCUAACCAAAUAGUCUGGUUAGAAACAUUCUCCAUGAUUUAACUGUAGGUACCACUGAUAAUGCUAACUGUUUAAAUAAAUAUGAAUGUUGGUUUAUCACUAAGUACCCUAAAGAUGGAUGAAAGGAGUUACGGAUCUUUGCCCCAUGCCCCCUCGGAUUAUGUCCAACACUGGGUUCAGUCAGCUCAGCAGCAUCUCCAGGCACUUCACGCUCAGUACUCUUAUAUGGCUAAUGGUAAUGCCACCCAAUACAUGGAGGGAUCCAGGGAGGAAGGGGUCAUGACACAGAUGCCUGUACAGGAACAGAUUCCUGCCCAGCUGGAGCCUGGUGCUCCGCAGCAAGCUCCUGCCAAAGGGAAGAGGGGUAGGCCAGCAAACAAGGAGCCCAAGGCCAAAGCAGCGCCCAAGGCCAAAGCAGAGCCCAAGGCCAAAGCGGAGCCCAAAGCUAAAUCUGAGCCUAAAGCUAAACCUGGGCCGAAGCCUAAGAAAGCCAAGGUGGACAAAGAUGGCCAGCUUGCUGAAGGAACACAAGAGAAGAUUGAUGAAACGUUCAAGAAAGUUAAAAGGAAAGUAGAUCGCUUCAAGGGCAUGACAGAGGAGGAGGUUAUGAAAAAGACACUCCCGGAUAUUCUUACCUACAACUUGGAUUAUGUAAUUAUUGGAAUUAAUCCAGGGUUAAUGGCGGCAUAUAUUGGAAGAUGGUUCCCUGGACCUGGAAACCACUUUUGGAAGUGUUUGUUCCUGUCUGGGUUCACUGAACAGCUACUAAACCAUAUGCAUGACCAGACUCUCCCUGAGAAAUACAGCAUUGGCUUUACAAACAUGGUAGCCAGAGCGACACCAGGAAGCAAAGAUCUCUCAAGUAAAGAGCUUCGAGAGGGUGGCAAAAUUUUAGUGGAGAAGAUUAAGAAGUUCAAGCCACUCAUAGCAGUUUUCAAUGGAAAAUGUAUUUACGAGAUGUUCUGUAGAGAGCUAUUUGGGAAAAAACCAAAAACCUUGGAAUUUGGCUUGCAGCCUCACAGGAUUCCAGACUCAGACACGGCAUUGUACCUGAUGCCUUCUUCAAGUGCCCGUUGUGCCCAGUUCCCUCGAGCUCAGGAUAAAGUGCAUUUCUACAUCAAGCUCAGAGAGCUCAGAGACCAGCUGAAGGGAUUAGCCAGGCCCAAAGAGGUGGAGGAAGUCAAUUACACCUUUGACCUUGGCCUGGCCAAAGAGGAUGCCAAGAGGAUGGCCAUUAAGGAGGAGCAGUAUGAUCCUGGCUACGAGGCUGCCUACGGAGGCGCAUACGGCGAACCUGGAUUCGAGGAAGGCCAAAGUAAUGGCCACUGUGCCUUCUCUUCUGGAGUGACAGAAACAGCAGAAAAAGACCCUAGAAAUCCUAACACAAUGGGCCAGGUUCCAGAGGGCCAGUGGAUGAACGAAUUGUUCACUGACAAGAUUCCAGACAUCAGCAGCUCUACGCAAGCUCAGCCCGGGGCUGUAUGAGCCUUGGUUAGAGACUUCAUGUGCAGCCUUAUAGACAGAGCUCCUGUGUUCAUCCUCAGCUCAGAUGCAGUGCCUCUCACCAGCUUCAUCCAGUUCAUGAGUCUUCAAGGAAUCCACCAACUCUUCCUGCUGACUUAUUACAAAGUUUGUUACAUUAGACAUAGAAAACAACUACAGUUGCUUCGUGUAUAACUCGCUCAGCAGACCUGGAUCGGAAGAAUGGUUUAAAUAAUGGAGGCGGCUGCUUGAGUUUACACACAAGGAGAAUCAGUUGCUGCUCCUUUUAUAAAGAAACUGUACCUCAGUCUUUCAACUGAAGACCGUUAGCAUGAAAUACUCUUCGUCUAAGAAGAGAUGCAUAAUUAUAACAAUUUUUUUUUCAAUGAAUUUGAAGUAGACAUUUUAGGAAGUAGUAUUUCUAUGGAACUGUUUUGUAUUUUAAUUUUAUGUCAAACAUUUUGGUCACCCUUGUUUAGUGUUUCAUGAUGAGCACUGCUGAAGUUUUUAUGCUUUGUGAUAUCAGGGACUGAUAGUUGAUUUUAUUAUGCGAGGACAGUGUGUAAUUAGUUUGGAUAUUCCUUUUUUUUGCUUGUGCAAAAUGUUUGCACACAUUCUGCUCUGCGUAUAUGUGAUAUGGGAACACAGGAUUAUGAAUAACAGCACUCUUUUUCACCUACAGGGAUAAAGUGUGAUUGAGCAAGUAGCACAGAUGAAAUGAUCAAAACAAUGGUGCCACCAAUACUAAUAUAAGGGUACAUUUUUAGAAGAGGACUUUAAUUACUGGUAUCGCUGGUAUUGAGGCAAAGAAUUGAUCAAGUGUCAGAGAACCACUCAGCCUUCUCAAAGUACUGUAAACCAACAAUAUUAAGACACCUGAUGCAGUGUGAAUUUUAAGAUUGCAAAUGCUCAACGUACUGUGCUUUUACUGUUUAUGUGAAACACUAUUGGUGCUAUUUUGUUACUCUUGUGAAAAUUAUUAAUGUUUUUUUCUUUGUUUUUCCUCUUUAUUAAAACUGCAUUUCAUUUAACUUA